UUCCCCCUCAAACGAUCGCCGCGCACAACUCCACUCUUCUCCAGCACGCAGAUCGCGAGACGACUCAUUAGUCAGCGGCCAGACACCCCACCGCGCGCUUUCGUCCGGAGCAGCAUCACGGCUAUAAAACAAACAAACCUAAGCUGAGCAAGCUCGCAACAGGACUUCCUACAAAAAACCAGAAGAUCUCUCAUCGACUACCUACCCACCGUCUCGAUCCUCUUCCCAAAACACCAAGUCCGCUGCCGCCCGCAAACCCCACCAACCCCCACCAUCAACAUGACCAGCAUCCCAGCAACGUACCACGCGUACCGACGCACCACAGGCCCUUCACCCCAAACCAUCGAGCGCGUAACCGAGCCGACGCCCACGCAGCUCGCCCCCACCGCCGUGCUAAUCCGCAUCCGCGCCGUGGCGCUCAACUACCGCGACGUCGCGAUGCUGCACGGCGCGUACCCGGUGCCGGUGAUUGAGGGGGGCGUGCCGGCGUCGGACUGCGCGGGCGAGGUGGUCAAGGUCGGGGCCGGCGUGACGGCUGUCAAGGUCGGGGAUCGCGUCGCGCCCAUCUUUGAUCUGAAUGCUGUUGAGGGCAGCAAGGAGCCGAAUCCCCGCGCGCUGGGCGGUGAUGUCGAUGGCGUGUUGAGGCAGUUUGCUGUCUUUGAAGAGAAGACGCUGGCGCCGCUGCCGGCGUAUUUGUCGUGGGAGGAGGCUUCGACGGUUACGUGCGCGGGCGUGACGGCGUGGAACGCGCUGAACCUGCCUCACAGCGCAAACAAGGGCACCACGGCGCUCUUGCAAGGCACUGGCGGCGUCAGCUCGUUCGCGCUGCUCCUCUGCCUUGCAGCCAACAUCACGCCGGUGCUCACGUCUUCCUCGGACGCGAAGCUGGAUGCCGCACGCGCGCUGGCAGGCGACCGGCCCAUGCACACCGUCAACUACAAGACGCACGCGGCGUGGGGCGGCGAAGUGCAGCGCCUGACACAGAACCGCGGCGCCGACGUCGUGCUCGAGAACGGCGGCCCGGCCACCAUCGAGCAGUCGCUGGCCGCGCUCGCGCGCCGCGGCACCAUCUCCCUGAUCGGUUUCUUGGGCGGCAUGGCGCCGGAUGCGCCCGAGCCGAAGGUGCUGCUGCCGCUGCUGGUCAAGUCCGGCCGCUUGCAGAGUAUUUAUGUCGGCUCCUGGCGGGAUCAGGUUGCGCUGGGGCGGUUUUUGGAGGAGCACCAUGUCAAGCUGGAUAAGAUUAUCGACGGUGUGUUUGAGUUUGAUGAGGCGGAGAAGGCGUUUGAGCGGUUGUGGUCGGGGAAGCACCAGGGCAAGAUCGUCAUCAGGGUUUAGUGUCAGUGAAGUGAUGUUACUGCAUGCGCAGAUAUUAUAAGUAUCCUGUUCGCUCACAACUUAACAACGGCUGUAGGUGUGGGCGGCUUCAAUGACUACUUACUGGAAGUGAACUGGCGCAUCUUGGUAGGUAGACAGUGGUAGAUUUGUCUUGUACCUGCGGAGACGGGCGAAAGGAUUCUCGUGCUGACACCGGCUCAGGUCGUCGCGUGGUGUAGACAGCUCCAAUUCGG